AUGAGCCCUCGGCGCCUUGCCCAGGGCACGGCCAACAAAAAGGCGAAGAAGUCCGUAAAUAAAGUUCCAGCUAGACCCCUACCUGUUACGCUGCUGUCUGGAUUCUUGGGAGCCGGCAAGACGACCGUACUGCAGCACAUUCUGCGCAGUCAACAUGGACUGAGAAUCGCAAUCGUUGUGAACGAUAUUGGAGCUAUCAAUAUAGAUGCGGCCCUUGUGAAGAAAACCCACCGCUUGACCAAAACGGAAGAAAAGGUCAUUGCGCUACAAAAUGGAUGCAUCUGCUGUACUCUCAGGGGAGAUCUGCUCGAAGAACUUGUACGCAUCUCCCAGUUGGAAGACUUUGACUACAUCAUCAUUGAGAGCAGCGGUAUAAGCGAGCCGGAGCAAGUCGCUGAGACAUUUGACGCUCGUCUUGCGGAACAAAUGGGCGAUUUGGCCAAUGCAGAUACUGUGAUGCCGCUUGACGAUAGCACAGUAAGGGUUUUAAAGCAGCUGAAAGCUGCUGGUGGACUGGAGAAGUUUGCUCGUCUCGAUACAACCGUCACCGUCAUCGAUGCGUUCACGAUAUUGAACGACUUUGAUACGGCAGAUCUUUUAUCUUCGCGUCGCGACGAUGUGACUCCAGAGGAUGAACGAACCGUUUCUGAUCUGAUGGUUGACCAGAUCGAAUUUGCGGAUGUCAUCAUUCUAAACAAAGUGGAUAUGGUUAAUCCCGAAACUAAAAAGGCAGCCUUGAGUAUAAUUAAGAAGCUCAAUCACAGAGCCAAGAUCAUUGAGUCAACUCGAGGCAGAGUGGAUGUCAACGAACUUGUCAACACAGGGUUGUUUAAGUUGGAUGUUGCUCAAUCUGGGUAUGGAUGGUUGCAAGACCUUCAUGCAAUGACCGUCCGUGAGGUCAAUGGACGCAAUGUCUUGACACCAAAGCCCGAGACGGAGGAAUACAACGUCCAAAGCUAUAUUUAUACCCGGCACAGGCCGUUUCAUCCUCGGAGGCUGUUCGGAUUGCUGUAUGAUAAAUUCAUCCUCCAGAUGGAGCAUGAGGAUGAAGACGACGAAGACGGUGAUGAGAUGGCAGACGGGGUCGCCGAAGCGCAAACAGACGAAAACGUAGAUGUCAGAGUCAGCUUACCUGCUAGUCCUGUUACGUCCGGUUCGGUUUCAGGGUCAGACAGACGAAGCAGCUCUUCGGGCCAGUCCGAGACCAGUUCCGCACCGACUGUCCCAACUAUCCUUUCACCAGAGAGGGAAUCAAGGGACGGACCGUGUGACGAGGCAGCCAUGGAUAUUGACGAUGACAUGGAUAUUCCCUCAAACGCGGAUAUUUUAUCAAAUAAGCGCGCACAUCCUACAUUUAAUCGUCUCUUCCGAUCAAAGGGCGAGUUUUUCCUAGCAACGCGGCCGCAUCGAGCCGGCGACUGGUCACAGGCUGGUGCCAUGCUGACGUUGACGGGCGGGCGGCCCUGGUUCUGCACACUGCCUCCGGAAGAGUACACGACUGGAGAUGCUGAAGUUGAUUCCCUCGUACAGCAUGAUAUCAAAAAGGGCGGUGAGUGGGGGGACCGCCGGCAGGAGCUCGUCUUCAUUGGAGAGAAGCUCGACCAUGAUUGCCUCGAGAAGCUGUUGGACGGUUGUUUGCUCACAAACAGUGAGAUGGCAGCCUGGGAGGGCAUAAUGAGGGAUAACCAGCUUGAUGACUCUUCUCGAGUUGAGGCGCUGCAGGACGCGUUUGACGAUGGUUUUCCGGAUUGGAUCGAGGACGAAGAAGAAGAGGAGGAAGACGAGGAAGUGGACAAACAUACCCACACUGGCCACCUUGUCAGUCACAGUCUGAAACAAAACGUGUUGACAAGGAGCCUAAAAGCAUCGUCUUAG